AUGACUGCUCUCCACACUGUGUUGGUUGCCAACUGCUUCGUUGCAGCCGCUUCAUACAUCCACCAUUAUGACCGUGAUGGUGAAGGUGACCCGGCUGCUCCAAUAGUUGUUGGCAUUGUCUUUCUGAUGCUAUGCAUCGGUGUUUGCGCGAAGGAAGCGGUCUUGCGAGCGUACAGUGGGGAAUCCCAUCACAUAUACCGGGUGGUCCCUGCAAUUCCCAUGUGCUGUACGGGGCCUUAUUUGCAGGUCCCAUGUGCUGACAAGUCAAAGUCAAAGCGCUACUAUCCAGGAGAUGUCAUCGCUGUCCUCUCCAAUGGCAGAUAUCUGCGUGCUACCUUUGUGCGUGUGGAGGAGGAUUUUUUUCCGCCAAAGGCGGAGUUCCAGGCGAUUGCGGGCCGCCACGAGCCCUGUCCCCAUGAAGGCCAUGGCACCCUGCCCUUGUUGCACGAAAGGAUUGGAGGCGAACCCGAGAGGUGGCUGCUGUCGGCUGCAGAGAUGUACGACGACUGCCACUGCACUGUGGCUCCGGCGGAGUUCAUUGGCUUCGCCCCCGCAUCAUGGAAUGACAUCCUGCAGAACCUUCGGACCCAAGUGGCCGCACCCCUUCCAGCCCUGGAGCCAAUGCAGCCCGCUGCCGGAAUUGCGGGUGGCUGUAUUAUCGCCUAG